UUAUUCAACUCAGAGGUGAUAGGUUAACUUCCGGAAACAUUAAUUAUAAUCCCAGAGCUUCCCGCGCGCAAAAUCCCCUGUGUUAUGUCACAGUAGGUAUAUAUAUCCACCAAAACCGGGUGAAAAAUAUGAAACAAAUAUUCAAUACGAACCUUCAAGGACUUGGCUGAUUACGUUAUAGGUUGUUGUUAAAGAGAAGAGCGGGCUAAAACGACAUAUUUUAGAUAAGGUGAAUUUAAAUCAACAUGGAGCGCACAGUAAAAUACCUACUUGUGGUUAUCUUUGCUUCACUGGCAAUGGGAGAUGGCCUAAUUUCAGGAAAUGUUUGUAACAAAAAGAUGGCGGAUAUUGUCUUCCUGAUGGAUUCGUCUUUUAGUGUUUGGGAGCAGGACUUCAAAAUGCAACUUCAGUUUGUUACAAGUGUAGUUGACAAUUUCGAAAUUGGAAACGACAGUGUUCAAGUUGGUGUCUUAUCAUACAGCAGUGAAAUAAAAACAAACUUCUUUUUGAAUGAGUAUAAAGAAAAAGAAAACAUGAAGGAUGCUGUUGGAAAAAUAGAGUAUUUAGGCGUGGCUGGGACGGAUACAGCUGGGGCAUUGAAAUAUGCACGAGAAGUUAUGUUUCACAAAAAACAUGGCGGAAGGGCAAAGGCCUCCAAAAUUCUGAUACUAAUAACCGACGGAAUGUCUCAGAACUCCAACGAAACUGUGAAACAGGCAGCUAUUACGAAAAAAUCUGGGAUCAAUAUACUGACUGUCGCUGUCGGUGCACCUAUGAUGCAGGAACUUGAGAUGGUUGCAAGCAACCCCGCCACAGAUUUUGUCUUUAAUGUCACCGACUUCAACUCUUUACCCAGUAUUGUGAACUCACUUGCAACAACAACAUGUUUAGUUCCAGAUAUUCCACGGGAUGAAGAAUCAACAACAAAAAGUUCAGAGAUCGAGGAAAAAAUUAAAAAAUAUUGUGGGAACAAGCCGUCAGACAUUCUCUUUGUAGUCGAUAGUUCUAGCAGUAUCUGGCCUCUCCAUUUUCAGGAUAUAUUAAAAUUCAUACAAAAAGUGAUCGGUCUCUUUGACGUCAGCGACGACAAGAACAGGAUUGGGAUUAUCAUAUACUCUGAUGACGUCACUCCAGUGCUUCAUCUUGACAACCAACUCAAUUCAAACGAACUGAAAAAGAGGGUAUCAAACAUUCAACAACUGAAAGGAGGCACGGAAACAGGGAACGCACUUAAGUAUGCAAGAGAAAACGAAUUUAAAGGGAAAUACGAGAGAAAAACUGCAGCAAAGAAAGUGAUCAUAUUACUCACUGAUGGACAAUCUAUCAAACCUAAGGACACGUUGGAAGAAGCAAAACAGCUAAAGAAUGAAAAUAUUACUGUUUUUGCUAUAGGCAUCGGAAACAGAACGGAUAAAAAUGAAUUAAAAGCAAUUGCAACCAGUCCUCGCCAUCAGUACAAUUUACAGGAUUACAACGCACUCUCGACUAUAAAAAACAUGCUGGUUGUUAAAACUUGUACGGUUCACUUUCAAAUUCAGGAUUCUACCAUUGAAGACAACACAGGAAAUGAAGAAUGCUGGGAUAGUGCUAGGAAUGUUAUGUUUGUUUUUGAUUCUCCUGCCAUUGGAGCUCACAAAACCAAAAUAAUUCGCAAAGCUGUUACCGAAAUGUUCAAACUUAUGCAAAUAGGUUCCAACAAGACAAAGGCAGGAAUCUUAUCGCAUUACUGUCCAACUAGUUUAGACACAAGUUUAGAAGAAUUCCAGAACGAGCAAACUUUCCUACUUGGUUUGAAGCGUCAUCCAAAUGAUGGUUUAAGGAGACUGCUAAGAAUACUUCGGACACGAGGUUUUCCACAGAAAGAUGACAAGCCUGUCAAAAAUGUUGGAAUUAUUUUCGUAGAUAGAGAAGAACACGAUUCACAUGGCAUCAUCGAAGAAGCGCGGCGAACAGCGUUGAACAGCAGACUUUUUGUAAUUACCAUAGGUAAUCGCGUGCCAUCGCAUACUGUAGAAUCUCUGUGCAGUGAUUUUAAGCAUCGAUGUGUUUUCCACGUUCCUCAAUACAACUCAUUGAUUCAGUACGUUCCAGACAUUAUGGACAUGGUUUGCUAUUCCUGAACUUGUCGAUGAAUUUGUUUAUAAAUUUAUUCAUAAUAUUUUAUAUUUUUUCCCAGCUUUAAUUACUAGCCUUAACUAUUUAUAUUCAUACUGCAACUACCUCUUCUUUUACACGAAUGUUUUAUGAUAAGUAAAACUAUUUGUGCAUCAUAUAUCUUCUAUGCAACAGGACGAACAGUUUUAAAAAAUUGAUUAUUCUAACAGCUUUGUCUAGUCAAACACCAGCAUAUAGUCCAAAAAGAAACGUUUCCCUAUAUCCAUACGGUUUCCGUCCAGCUGUAGUUAUUGGUGAUAUGGCAAAUGAUUUUUAUUCAUGUUAGAUUGCAAUCUUCUUUUCUUCAUUAUGCAUGAACCAUCUAUACAGUGUACAAAUAAUGUAUUUAUCCUGUGGUGCUAUGUACGUGUAACAUAUCAAGUAUUUCAUUAUUGUAAAUGCCAUUGUAAAUGCCAUUGCAUUGCAUGUUUUUCAUUUCGUUUCCCAAUCAAAUCUCAGUAUUGUAAAUCCAAUAAUUACUAUGAGUUUUUUUAAAAAAAAUAUAUUUAUAUUUUUCAAUUUUUUAUACUAUUGAUGAUUUUUGCAUAAAAUUUAACUUUUGUUUUCAUAUAACUGUUCCAUAUUUAUCGUUUUUUUCUCAUUUGUUAAUAAAUAACACGCAACAGCAAUCAUUUUUACUUCAAUCAGUCAAUUAGAUUUAGUUGUGUGUGGUUUUGUGCUAUGAGAAUGAAAUUGGUUGAGUGUGGCAAAGUUUAUCUAAUUAAACGUUAAGUUUAUCAAGGCGGGACCUAUGUCGUUCUACGUCAAAGCAGCAUUAUUUGACGUCACAAAAGAGACGUUUUUUUUCUGUUGACUUUUGCAACUGUGAUAUAUAAUUAUAGGCAUUCUUAAAAUAAUUAAUAACGUACACAAUUUACAAAAAAGAAAAUUUAUACAUCAUUAAUAUCAGUUUUAUUUGGUUUAUGGAGUUUAUUAAUAUU